AUGCCUUAUCCCGAGAAAUUCACUGGUUUCCAGGUCAAGGGCGCCGAUACCUGGCAGGAGUUCCACAAGCAGGAGUUCGACGCCAAGCCCUUCGGUGACUACGACAUUGACAUCAAGAUCGAGUGCUGCGGCGUCUGCUCUAGUGAUGUCCACACCGUCCGUGGUGACUGGGGCGCGCAACCCUACCCCCUGGCUGUCGGUCACGAGAUUGUCGGCAAGGCAAUCAAGGUCGGCUCCAAGGUCACCACCGUGAAGGAGGGCCAGCGCGUCGGCGUCGGCGCCCAGUCAUGGGCUUGCCUCGACUGCAAGCAGUGCAAGAACGACAACGAGACCUACUGCAAGGACCAGCUCGACACUUACGGCGCGACAUGGCCUGACUCUGGUGUCGUCUCCCAGGGCGGUUACUCUUCUCAUGUCCGCACCCACCAGCACUGGGUCUUCCCCAUCCCCGAGGGUCUUCCUAGCGAGGUUGCCGCUCCCAUGCUUUGCGCAGGCUUGACGGCUUACAGCCCCCUCGUCCGCAACGGCGCCGGCCCUGGCAAGAAGGUCGGCAUCGUCGGCAUUGGUGGCAUCGGUCACUUUGGUGUGCUCUUCGCCAAGGCGCUGGGUGCUGAGGUCUGGGCCAUCUCGCGCUCGCGCUCGAAGGAGGAGGACUCGCUCAAGAUGGGUGCCGACGGCUAUAUCGCGACCGCCGAGGAGAACUGGAACGAGAAGCACAAGAUGAGCUUUGACCUCAUCGUCAACACAGCCUCGUCCUCCGAAGGCUUUGACCUCUCCACCUACCUCACCCUGCUCGACGUUCACGGCAAGUGGGUGUCGGUUGGCCUUCCCGGCGGUGGCGGCUUCGAGGUCCGCAACCAGGACUUCCUGCCCAACGGCUGCUUCAUCGGCAGCUCGCACCUGGGCAGCAGGAGGGAGACGCUUGAGAUGCUGGAUCUUGCGGCGGAGAAGAAGCUCUUCACGUGGGUGGAGAAGAUCCCCAUCAGCGCCGAGGGUCUCAAGACGGCGAUGCAGGGCGUCGAGGCGUCCAAGGUGCGCUACCGAUACUGCAUGACCGGGUACGAGGAGGCUUUCGGUGCGUAA